AUGCUCCGUCGCGGCACCGUCUGUCUUUCGGCCACAAGCCGCAUCUUCGUACUGGGUGGCCACAUCACGCCUUUUAUUGGGAAAGGGCACCCGAACUUUAUUGACAAGAAGCACCCCGACUUUGGCCAAAAAAAAAACAAGACCCUGGAGGAGUUCAUGUCGGACACGAUUCACGGGACGCUAGAACAAACCACCCUCGCCGGCCGCGAGGAGCUCAUCGACCUCCUUAUAGUGGGGAACUUCGACGGGGAACUUUUUUCAAACCAGGGCCACCUCGGGCCGGCCGCGGUGGGGAGUUUGACCUACGCCCGCCCCGGGGGUUCCGCGAACCCGCUUUUACACAAACCGGCCUUUCGGGUGGAAGGGGCCUGCGCGUCGGGCGGGCUCGCCGUCUUCUCCGCCGUCAACGCCCUCAAAGCCCAAACGGCAAAGGUGGUACUGGCGAUGGGGGUUGAGGUCCAGACCACCGUCUCGCCGCGGGAGGGGGGGGAUUUCCUCGCGCGCGCGGCGCACUACGCCCGGCAGCGCGGCAUCGACGACUUCACCUUCCCCUGCCUCUUCGCGCGGCGAAUGAAGGCGAUCGUUGAGCGCGCGCACUUCACGAUGGAGGAUGCCGCCCGGGUCGCCCUCAAGGCGUUUUCCAACGCAAACAAAAACCCCCUGGCCCAUAUGCACACCUGCCGUAUGACCCUUGAGAAGUGCAUGGACGACCCGAAGAACUUCAAGUUCCUGGGCAAUGAGACCUACAAGGAGUUUCUGCGCGUGUCGGACUGCUCACAGGUGAGCGAUGGGGGGGCCGGGGUGGUGUUGGUGAAUGAGGAAGGCCUACAGAAGCUGGGCCUCACCCCACGCGAUCCUCGGCUGGUCGAGCUCAAGUCCCUUGCCUGUGCGGCUGGAAACCUCUUCGAGGACCCGGCGGAUCCCACACGGAUGGACACCUCGGGCGUGGCCUCUCGGCGUGCGCUCGAACAAGCGGGGUUGAAGCCCGGCGAUCUGCAGGUGGCCGAGCUGCACGACUGCUUUUCGCUAACGGAGAUUCUCUUAUACGAGGCUUUAGGUCUGGCGGAGUACGGUAAAGGGCGGGACCUCAUCAACAACGGCGAUACGUGCCUGGACGGUCGGAUCCCCGUGAACACCGGCGGCGGGCUCUUGGCUUUUGGCCACCCUGUCGGUGCCACGGGUCUGAAGCAGAUUAUGGAAGUAUAUCGCCAAAUGAAGGGGCUCUGCGGGGACUACCAGAUGAAAAAGGUGCCCACCUUGGGCGCGGCCUUGAACAUGGGCGGCGAUGAUAAGACGGCCGUCGCGACGAUUCUAGAGAAUAUCUAG